UCUGAAAUGCAUUUGAAAGGGAUUAUGAAAUCAAUAUGCCCUUUCAUGUGCCUUUUGGAAGGGUUUAGGAAAAUAAUAAACCGUGAAAAGGGUUUAUUGUGCUUUGCACUAACAUAAACCGUUAUAAGGGUUUAGGAAAGGAAGAAACUCAAUCCUGAAUCAUUUGGGACGGUGUAUGAAGGGGUUUUGGGGAAACGUGAACCCUUUCUGGAACCGUUCCAAAUGGUUCAGGAUUGAGAUUCUUACUUUCCUAAACCCUUCCAAAGGGUAUAUGGCAGGGUAUAUUGAUUUCCUAAACCCUUNNNAAACCCUUUAAUAAACCCUAAAAAAGGGUUUAGGAGAAUUUUCCAUACGGUAAAAAGGGUUUACUAUACGUUGCACUUUCAUCAACCCUUUUUGGGUUUAUUAUUCUACGAAUUUUUUUUACAGUGUGCAACGUAAAAUAUUCACGUUGUCGAAUAUGUCUUGAUAAUUUUAUAAACGGUCAAACACAUGUAUGUUCGAAUACAGCCCGAUGUGCUCAGUGUGAUGGAGAGCAUCAUUCGUUAUCUAGUGAAUGUGAAAAAGUAGUUGAAUAUCGAUCAAAUCUAAAAGAACAAGUUGAAAAUGCAUUAUCAGCAGGCAAACUACAACGUUUAAUGCCUCAAGAUCAUGUUCAACCAAAGGAAUUUCGGCUGAAGCAAAAUGAAUCCCCGUCACUGUCAUCACUAAUGUCUUGCACUACUCCAUGGAAACAAACUUCAGUACCAUCAGCAGUAACAAAUAAUAUAAAUGGAAUCGAAGAUACAACGAAAUUAUUGCUCUCGAUAAAUCAAAACAUUCUGGAUAUGAAAGAUAAUACUCGGCGUAUUGAUGAAAAAU